AUGACUUCCAAAGACGACGGCAAAGCCGCCUCGGUGGAGGAGCGCCGGAGAAGCCCGCUGGACCACUUGCCUCCGCCGGCCAACUCCAACAAGCCCCUGACGCCCUUCAGCAUCGAGGACAUCCUCAACAAGCCCUCGGUGCGGAGAAGUUACACCAUCUGCGGGACUGCCCACCUGCUCUCGGCCGCCGAGAAGCACCCUCCGGCCGCCCUGCCCCUUUCCAGUCGGGCGCUGCUCUCGCAAACGUCGCCUCUGUGCGCCCUCGAGGAGCUGGCCAGCAAGACCUUCAAGGGGCUCGAAGUCAGCGUCCUGCAAGCCGCCGAAGGAAGGGAUGGGAUGACUAUAUUUGGCCAGAGGCAAACUCCCAAGAAAAGGAGGAAGUCUAGGACGGCCUUUACAAACCACCAGAUCUACGAACUGGAAAAGCGUUUUUUGUACCAGAAAUACUUGUCCCCCGCGGACCGAGACCAGAUAGCGCAGCAGCUGGGCUUGACCAAUGCGCAGGUGAUAACGUGGUUUCAGAAUCGCAGGGCCAAGCUCAAGCGGGACCUGGAAGAGAUGAAAGCAGACGUGGAGUCUGCCAAGAAACUGGGACCCAGCACCCAGGUGGAUCUGGUAGCCAUUGCCGAGCUGGAGUCGACCCCCGAAGGGAGAGCGAAGUCGCGCUCCCUUUCGCCUGCCCUCCCCAAACAUGGACUGGAAGGCAGCAACAGCCACCUCCAGCUCUCCCCCGGCUCCCCGCUCACGGACCAGCCGGGCAGCAGCAAAGACUGCUCGGAAGACGAAGACGUGGAAAUUGACGUGGAUGACUGAGGGGUGGUGGUUGCUUCUUCUUCCUCCUCUUCUUCCUCCUCCUCUUCCUCCCCCUCUUCUCUCCCGCCCUUCUUUUGCCCCGCAAACAAAAACAAACUAAGAAAUUGACAAAUCUCUUCCUCCCCGCCUUCCUUCUCCUCUCGCUCCCUUCCACCAAGACACAAGGAGAAAAAGUGUCCGCUCCUGCGCC